AUGGAACCCACUCCAGGGAUCAUUCAUGAUGGUCACAAUCUCUUCAAAAAUACAGUUAAUGAGUAUCUUCAGGAGCUUCCUCAGCCUGUGCAAUCUCGUCUGUACCAAUCUCCAGCAACAUGUCUUGCAAUAUACCGUCUUUUGUCCCCAAUGGCCAAAUUCUUCAUCAUGUCUAUGAUCUUUCAGGAUGAAGAAGUUUCCCUCAGGGACCUGGAUCGUUGGGUAAAACCGGACGCAAAGUUCCAGCUUCAUGACGCUAUCAAGUCCAUGAAGCUUCUUCAUUUAAUCACAGAGGGGCGCUCAGGACAGCCUCUUAUGGUACAGCUGAACUCAAUCUUUAAAGAGUCGUUUAAGAACGCACUCACCGGCGGCGAGGUGAAGAACUCAUUCGGCAACGUUGUGGAGGAGGAGAACGACCCUGUGACCAUGGCAAUGCUAGAUUCCUACGCUGCAGACAAGUGGGAGACCAUAUUGCACUUCAUGGUUGGCACGCCGCUAACUAAAAGUCCGGGAAAGAACGUACUUAGUCUGUUGAGACACAGCAAGCUCAUGGAGGUGGAUGAGUCUUCGAAAGAACUGAAGAUCACAAACGAGGGCUUUCAGUUUCUUUUGCAGGAUGCUAAUGCACAGAUAUGGACGUUGCUGCUCCAGUAUUUGACUAUGGCAGAGACAUUCCAGAUGGAUCCUGUGGACGUUUUGAAUCUUAUAUUCAUGAUUGGUGCCCUAGAAUUAGGAAAAGCAUACAGCGUUGUAGGUCUGAGUGAGACUCAAAAAACUAUGCUUCAAGAUUUAAGAGAUUACGGUCUUGUGUUCCAGAAGCAAUCGAACUUAUCAAAGUUCUACCCAACGAGGCUGGCGACCAUGCUGACAUCUGAUGUCGUCUCUAUCCGUUCAGCAUCCGGUGCUGUCAAUAGUGUACUAAGACAGCGCGCAGAGGGAGUGGAUGGCAAGGUUCUCAACGGGACUGCGCUUGGUGAUGAUGAUCUUCAGGCCGGUGGCGAAGGUGCCCUUGACGGCGCUUUAAUCGUAGAAACCAACUUCAAACUGUACAGUUAUUCGAACUCUCCACUACAAAUUGCAAUCUUGAGUUUGUUCAUACACCUUAAGACGCGUUUUCAAAAUAUGGUUACAGGGCAGAUAACUAGAGAGUCUAUUAGACGUGCGCUACACAACGGUAUAACUGCAGAUCAGAUAAUAGCAUAUAUGGAGACGCAUGCACAUCCUCAGAUGCGUCGUCUGGCAGGGGAUAACUUGGAGAAAAAGUUGGAGCUGGACCCUAACUGCAGAGAUACACUACAGGUGUUACCGCCAACAGUUGUUGACCAGAUAAAACUAUGGCAGUUAGAAUUGGAUCGGAUCAUAAGUUAUGAUGGGUAUCUCUUCAGGGAUUUUGAUAAUCUACAGGAGUACCAGGUUCUAGCUCAAUACGCCCGCGACAUCGGAGUCCUUCUUUGGAGCGAUGACAAGAAGAAGAUGUUCUUCGUUUCCAAAGAAGGCAAUGCACAAGUUAUCGAUUUCCACAAGAGAAAAUUCCGCAAGAAGUAG